AAACUGCAAGCAUUCACGUGAAAUGCCCCUUUAAAAGCCGGCUCUCUUCGGUCACACCGAGGGGCAUCGUAAACAAGCGGACCGAGAGGAGUCUGUGACAGCUGCACUUUGGUGUGUCAAAUCAGGCUUCAGGAUGGUUUCUUCGUACCCUUUACCGGAGGGCUUCUCCGAGUUUGAUGUGUUUUCCCUGGGAUCUUGUCUGCUUGUGGAGGGUCUGCUGGGCUUCUUUCUAAACGCGGUCACAAUGCUUGCUUUCCUUAAAGUGAGAGAACUGAGGACUCCCAGCAAUUUCCUAGUAUUCAGUUUAGCGAUGGCUGAUAUUGGCAUCUCCAUGAACGCCACGAUCGCCGCUUUCUCCAGCUUUCUGAGGUAUUGGCCUUAUGGCUCUGAUGGAUGCCAGACUCAUGGUUUCCAGGGCUUCAUGACAGCGCUUGCCAGCAUCCACUUUGUAGCUGCUGUCGCCUGGGACAGAUAUCACCAGUAUUGCACCAGGACAAAGCUGCAGUGGAGCAGUGCCAUCACUCUGGCUGUGUUUGUGUGGCUGUUCACUGCCUUCUGGUCCGCCAUGCCCCUCAUUGGCUGGGGAGAGUACGACUACGAGCCCCUCAGGACCUGCUGCACACUGGACUACAGCAAGGGAGACAGAAACUACGUGUCCUACUUGAUUCCAAUGAGCAUCUUCAACAUGGGCAUCCAGGUGUUUGUCGUCAUGUCUUCUUACCAGUCCAUUGCACAGAAAUUCAAGAAGACAGGAAACCCCAGAUUCAACCCCAACACUCCUCUGAAGACUAUGCUGUUCUGCUGGGGGCCCUAUGGGAUCCUGGCUUUCUAUGCUGCUGUGGAGAAUGCAAACCUUGUCUCACCUAAGCUCAGAAUGAUCGCGCCUAUCCUGGCUAAGACUGCUCCCACCUUCAAUGCCCUCUUGUACGCACUGGGAAAUGAGAACUACAGAGGCGGCAUUUGGCAGUUAAUCACCGGGGAAAAGAUUGAUGUGCCUCAAAUUGAGAACAAGUCCAAAUAAACUGAGCAUGCAAUAAUUACAUGCAUACUGUCCUUGUGGUUUCUCGCAGGUACAUAGAUGUUUGUGAGUGUCUGUGCAUGUGGUGUGUCUUGAGCAGUGGUAGCCAUUGCACCUGUUCUGGAUCUGCUCCCCGUUGUGUCUGCAGUUGUAUUUCUAAAAUGAUUGUCACAUUAUAAAACAAACAUAUGAAAUAACGUGUACCUCCUAAUGGACUUUGGGAGAUCAGCAUUAGUUUAUUAUCCUGUUUAAUAAUAUACGGUUCCAUACAGAACAGCAGAAACUUUGGGCUUGGCAACUUCUGUAACCACAUAAAUUUCUCUGUCUCUCAAUUCAAAUGUGAUUUGUUUUAAUUUUGAGCUCAUCUUAAGAAUUAAACAUAUCCAUCCGUUCAUGUUAAUCCAGUUAGUUUUAAUGCAAGCACUCCUGCAGAGCAAGUGAUGCACAGAGCUUAAAACCAUAUCAUGCAGAUUAUAGCAAAUAUGACUGUUUAUUCUUUUACGGACUCUGCUACAGCAGCCUGGGAUAUUUUAAUCAUUUUUCACUUUGCUUAUAGUGCAAAUGUCCUUGCAGACAGCAAUCAGAGCAUUUUCUCCUUACUAGUUGCCUAUUUUGCCAUCUGGUUGAAGAUGAAAGGCUCUUAAAUAGAUUAAUUCAGCUUAAAAAAAAAGAGAUAUCACAGUCUGACAUUCAAAAGGCGUUUCUUAAUCUUUAUGGUGCCUGUUAAUGAAAUAUGAAAGUGCAUUCAGGCCACUGAUAUCCCAUCAUGUGUUGCAGGGUUGUGAGUGAUCUCUCUCACCAGGAUAGAAGUGCAUUAAUCCUCUAAACAAGAGGACCAUUCUUGAAUUCACAGCCCCCACAACAGUCUCUGCCUGUAGAUCGACUGAACAUGCUUCUUUCCUCCACGCCAGUAUCCAAAGUUUGCUAUAACAAUACAAUAUCACCAAGAACUCUGAAUAAAUCAGUGUUAUUUA